CUCCUAAGGCAAUAAAGAAUUCUGAUGGGAGAACCAUUUCCCUAAUUUUCAGAUUGUUGAGCUGGUUGUCAUGAUGGAUGAUCAGCAAGCUUUGAACUCAAUCAUGCAAGAUUUGGCUGUUCUUCAUAAGGCCAGUCGACCAGCAUUAUCCUUACAAGAAAACAGAAAAACAAAAUCUUUAUCACCAAAAAAACAGAACGAUGUCCGAGUCAAAUUUGAGCAUAGAGGAGAAAAAAGAAUCCUUCAGUUCCCCCGACCAGUUAGACUGGAACAUCUGAGGUCGAAAGCUAAAACUGCCUUUGGACAGUCCAUGGAGCUCCAUUAUACCAAUAACGAGUUGGUGAUCCCAUUAACUACUCAAGAUGACUUGGACAAAGCUGUGGAGCUGCUGGAUCGCAGUGUUCAUAUGAAGAGCCUCAAGAUAUUACUUGUGGUAAAUGGAAGUACACAGGCUACUAAUGUAGAACCAUUGCCAUCACUAGAUGAUUUGGAUAACACAGUAUUUGAAGCAGAGAGGAAAAAACGGCUUUCUGUAAUAGGUUCCACUAGUAGAGAUCAAAGCUCCCCUCCCCCAGGAUACAUUCCAGAUGAACUGCAUCAGGUUGCCAGGAACGGGUCCUUCACCAGCAUCCACAGUGAAGGGGAGUUCAUUCCAGAGAGCAUGGACCAAAUGCUGGACCCAUUAUUUUUAAGCAGCCCUGAAAAUUCUGGCUCAGGAAGUUGUCCAUCACUUGAUAGUCCUUUGGAUGGAGACAGCUAUCCAAAAUCACGAAUGCCUAGGGCACAGAGCUACCCAGAUAAUCAUCAGGAAUUUUCAGACUACGAUAACCCUAUCUUUGAGAAAUUUGGAAAAGGAGGAACCUAUCCAAGGAGGUAUCAUGUUUCAUAUCACCAUCAAGACUAUAAUGAUGGUCGUAAAACUUUUCCAAGAGCUAGAAGGACCCAGGGGACCAGCUUCCGGUCUCCUGUGAAUUUCAGUCCUACUGACCACUCCUUAAGCACUAGUAGUGGAAGCAGUAUCUUUACCCCAGAGUAUGAUGAUAGUCGAAUAAGAAGAAGGGGAAGUGACAUAGAUAAUCCUACUUUAACUGUAAUGGACAUCAGCCCACCUAGCCGCUCACCCCGUGCUCCAAUAAACUGGAGAUUGGGCAAACUGCUUGGCCAGGGAGCCUUUGGCAGGGUCUACCUCUGUUAUGAUGUCGAUACAGGAAGAGAGUUGGCUGUUAAGCAAGUUCAGUUUGACCCCGAGAGACCUGAGACCAGCAAGGAAGUAAAUGCACUUGAGUGUGAAAUUCAGUUGUUGAAAAAUUUAUUGCAUGAACGAAUCGUUCAGUAUUAUGGCUGUUUGAGGGAUCUCCAGGAAAAAAAACUUUCCAUAUUUAUGGAAUAUAUGCCAGGGGGUUCAAUUAAGGACCAAUUAAAAGCAUAUGGAGCUCUUACUGAGAAUGUGACCAGGAAAUACACCCGUCAGAUUCUGGAAGGCGUCUACUAUUUACAUAGUAAUAUGAUUGUUCAUAGAGACAUCAAAGGUGCGAAUAUUCUGCGAGAUUCAACAGGCAACGUCAAGCUAGGAGAUUUCGGGGCCAGCAAACGGCUUCAAACAAUCUGCCUUUCGGGGACAGGAAUGAAGUCUGUCACGGGCACGCCCUACUGGAUGAGCCCCGAGGUGAUCAGCGGGGAAGGCUACGGCCGCAAAGCGGACAUCUGGAGUGUGGGCUGUACUGUGGUAGAAAUGCUAACUGAAAAGCCUCCGUGGGCGGAAUAUGAAGCAAUGGCUGCCAUCUUUAAAAUCGCCACUCAGCCCACAAACCCCAAGCUGCCCCCUCAGGUCUCCGACUACACCCGGGAUUUCCUCCAGCGCAUCUUCACGGAGGCCAAGCUGAGGCCGUCGGCGGAGGAGCUGCUGAGGCACCUGUUCGUGCACUGUCACUAGCAGCCAGCCCCCCUGCCCCCGGCGCCCAUCUGCCUGCACCUCCUCUCUGACUGCACUUUUCUUUUUUAUAAAAAAGAGAGAUGGGAGGAAAAAGACAAGAGGGAAAGUGUUUCUCUUGAUUCUUGGUUAAAUUUGUUUAAUAAUAGUAACCUAAAUUUUUUAUAUUUAAUCGUUUUUUUCCCUUACAAGAACUUGAAACUUUUUUUUAAAAUUUUUAUAGUGUACUGAUGUGGUUCAGACAUAUAAAGCACUUUAGUACGUGGUCACUCUUUCUAGUACAAACAGAUCAUUUGGAAUACCUGGGACUAGAGGGUCUUUCUCUGUGCUACCGGCAAAUCGGUGGUGAUAGACAUGGAAACAAGGAGAAGAAAAUGAUAUCUGCUUUGUAGUUUUUAAUGACAGUACUUAAAAUAGAUCCUCAUUUGUGGGUUUGAGCCCUAAACUUGAGUCUAGAGUGGGUACUCAACUUAAAGAAUAUAGGUUCCUCCUUAUAUCUGUAUUCUUUAGAUCCUAACCUCUGUAUACCAAGCUUCUUGCUCAGUAGGAAUCAUGAUAGAAAAUAUGAAUCUCUAAGAACUAUGUUUAUUUGUUAAUCCUAACCAGUAUAAUAAGCAAAUACACUAUAGAAGAUCCAUGUUACUGGGAUCUAAAAACCUUGUGGGAUAGUUUUCUGGUUUGUUUGUUUUUUAAAAAAAGAUACUAUUUUAUUUUAAAACAGAUAUGGAAGUCAAUGAGCAAAUCCAAAUUAAAAGACAAAAGGAGAUUGCUUUACUUAAUGUGUGCACAGUAGAAGAGACCACGUUUGCCAAUCAAGAGAAAUAAUGAGAAGCAGAAGUAUGUGUUGUUUAGUGUAUUUUAAAGUAUGAUCUUUACCUGAGUGAGAAAGUCCCAAAAUUAAGAGAAAGAAUAAAUAAUCAAAAUAAUGUAUAUUCUAUCUUCCUAUUUCUAGCUCCUGAUUCCCCAUAGGGUAACAUUUCUUAGGAACUAAGAGUUUCACCUGGAGUUUCCAUGAAGCUAGUGUCGGGAGAAAAACCCUUGUUCUUGGGAUCACAGAAUACUGAGCCACCUCAAACAUAGUAAGAUAGUGGCUCUCCAGGGGCAGGGCUGUUUCCCUUGGCACCUGCAAGGCCUGGAGACAGCUUUGGCUUCACAGCUUAGGAGGAUGCCAGUGGCAUCUAGUGAGUCGAGGCCAGGGAUGCUGCUAAACAAACCAUAGUCUGUAAGGACCACACCUGCUCCCGACAGAACCAUCCUGCUCAAAAUGUCCAAAGUGCCAAAGUUCAGGAGCCCUGUGGUAAAGACCAGCCCCAGUUACAGACUGCUGGCAGCCAUUUACAAAGCAGGUUCCUUGCAAACAGUAAUUUCAGAGAUAGGAUGCAUAGUGAGUGUUUUACAAGAGCAAAUACCACUGCUUCAAGUCAGGGUGAAUGACCUCAACACCAGUAGCAACCCAUUCCUUCCCAGCUGCACAUCGCACCCAAAGCAGGAACUCCCUGCUAGAGACAGAGUGGCUUCAAACACAGAGCUCAUUGAACUCCACUGUCUGCAUAUAUUCUUUCCUCAACUCAGCUUAUAGUCAUGGGAAAAGCAAAGCAUAUCAAAACAAGGUUUAACUACUUUAUAGGAAAGUUAAAACCGCCAGGUAUUUCUAGUACAAUGUAUCCACUAAGAGCAAGGACUUUGAAUGGAAGGAGACACCUAGGAGAAGCCAUGAUCCCUGAUGGACUGGAGCUACUGAAAAAUAUGAAUGAUAUCAGUGAUGUGGCCACUUGCAAUAUUUCCCAGUUUAUUAAAGCAAGUGCGAAGUGCUUUAUGUUUAAAGAUCUAGAAAGUAGUAGUCUUCCUGGAGGCCCUAUAUGUGAUGCCUUUUAUGGGAUUCAUAGGGGAUGCAGAUAUUUCAUUUUCUGCUAAAAAGUAUGAUCUUUAGGGACUCAGCUGUUUCUGAAGUUCAUUAGAUUGUGGUUUACUGUAUCAGGUCCUAUCUGUCAUUCCCUGUAGGAAAUUUGAAGUUCUACUAGCUAGUCUGAGAAGAAGUCAAAACACCAAGAUUCUCAUACCCUGUAAUCCACGGAAGCGGCUCACCAGGAAGAAUAUGAAUCAGUGGUCUCCCUGGAGGUCAGCGGCACCCUGUGCUGGGAGCCAUCCCCAAGGACAAGGAGCUGUCCCGUUUCUCAUCUUCUCAUGGGUGAAGGCAUCACUUGUGCUGGAGCGAGACCACAGUGUCUGGGCCAAGGGGCUUUUCCUUUGUUCUUUGUCUCUGUGGCUGUGAUUUCCUUCUGACUCUUGUUGGUCUGUCAGGGUAACCAGCGGUGCAGAAUCUGAGACUAACACUCUUUAGAGAGAGAUCCUGAGAGACUCUGACACCCAAAGCAAAAUUGUUUGCUUUUUUCAGUCUCCCUUUUACUUUUAAAUGCAUAGAAAACAAAUCACCUGAAAGAAACUGCUACUUUAACACUGCUGCAGAAGACCUUUGUUUUAUAGGAAAAAUAUUAUUAGCUAUGGGAGAGUACUGUUCUUUAUGUAAAGACUUAAAAAUAGACUAAUAGUUUACAGAGUUAUUAUAUAAAAUGUGAUGUGAAUUUAUUUUAAAUAAGUUGUAAAGGUACCAAAACCGCAAGAAAAGUUAAUAUAUAUAAAAGCUACUAGAACAAAAAAGCUUGAAGUGGGAUGACAUAUGGAAGAGCAAAAGUAAAUUUUAAAAAGAAAUUUUUGAGCUAAAACACCUUUAUCAGGGGCAAUUAGAUAUAACACUCCACCCCUUUUUUUUUCUAAUGGUAUGGAUCAACAAAUGAAAUUUGAACUUUUUAAGAUGACUCUAAAUGUGUUUUGUUUUUUAGCUGCACAACUCAUUCUUCUAUAGGUAGUGCUUCUUUGCUGAGGCUGGAAAGGGUCAGACUGCUGACUGUGCCUUCACGAUGCCGCGCUCAGGCUGUGGCGGACUCUGGUGCUGGGAAGGUCCCCGGGCAGUCUGACCGUGCUUUUCAGGAAGUGUCUUUCCACUUGGGCCUUGCGGGAGUCACGAUGGCAGGACCUAGGUUUUGGCCAAGUAGAAGAUUUUACAUCGCAAACAAAAUGCAUUGAGUAAAAGGGUUGAAAAAUAGAAUGACUAAUGGAAAUUUAGUAAUGGUUAGUAAUUCUUUCAAAUGUAUUUGAAAUUUUCUGUAUGAAUAUCUUACAAUUUUUUCCAUUUUCCUCAUUUACAAAACAUGUUUCUAACUUGAAAAAAUGGUUAAAGACUGUUGCCUUAGAAAGUUUUCAGAGGCAUCGUCAACCUCCCAUAUUUAUAUGAAAUUGAAACGCACAGGUUGAAUGAGCUACAAAAAAAAUUAAAGCUUAUUUUAGAGUAAAUUGAAUUGGCUUUCACUUGAGAUUCUAUCUUAUUCUUUAGAAACUAUGUUAAAAAGAAAAAUUAUUUGUUUAGAGCAGCUUUCUGCUACUUUACCUCUUACAUGUGUCAGGUCUGAUCUCUAGUAUUUCUGAGAUGGAGUUUGGAUAAGAUACGUGAAGUCAUUAAGAAAAUCAAAUCUGAAUAGUUUAUAGGGACGACCACGCUUGGGCUCAAAAGUCAAGAUGUUUGCCACAUGCCAACUCCUUGGCCCAUGGCAGCGUUCCGAGCCAGGGGUUUCAUUUGGGGUCUAGGGACCAAUAGCUUGGAUAUAAAAUCAUCUGGUGUCAGUCAAGUAUAGUAAUCAGUUUUUUUAAAUAAGGUGAAUCUUUUUUUAUUUGCUCACUCAGUAAUUGUGGCUACUGUGUCAGUACUAAUUCACUUACCCUUAAGGAGAUCCCAGCCUAGGAGGAGACACGGGCAAACAGUACCCUCACUCUGAGAGCUCAGCAAUGAUGUUUAAAGUCUUACGGUUUCUUGUGAUGUAAGGAAAUAGCAGUUUUGGGUAAUUAUUGGCUGUUACAAACCAAAAUGUCAUUAACAACAUGAAUUAAAAGUAGCCCCAAAUUAGAGGGACCUCCGUUGUUCAGCAGCCGCUCUCUCAGGACUCCCUCCCACAACCCAGCCUCUGCUCAGACAGUUCCGCCAUGAAGGGCAUUUAUCCCAUAAAUAGUGCUUUUUCCUUCUGUUUCUUUUAAAGAAAAAAAAAACUUUAUUUUGGUCUAAAUUGUCUAGAAAUUUUAUAGGAAUUGAAUUCUGUCAACAGUGUUAUUUAUACUAAGAUCCAGACAAUUUCUUAAAACCUUCCUGUUUUAUAUUGGGUUUGACCUUUGUUACGAAUGUAAUGUUCAUAUUUAUUUGAAUUUUAAGAUUGGUUAAAUGUUAAUGAAAAGCAAUUUAACCGUUCAUUUUUGGUAGUGCCUUUUUCUCUGUAUGCCUUAAUUUUAUUUUAUAUGAAUAAUUCAUGUUACCCACCAAAAUGAAGUUUUUUUUCCAAAAUCAGUAGUUUCAAGAAUUGAUUUGGCCUUAGACUGUGUAUUAGCCCUUAAAUAUUUCUUACUUCCUGCUUCCUCCUCCUACCCUUUUCUACCUCUUCUUUUUAAUGUUAGAAGACAAACAUCGGCAUUAAUCUGCACAGACACAGCACAGUCUCCGCGAGGCGUGGACUGCUGAGAUAGGAGAGAGUGUCCUCCUUCUAAAGGCAGGCGGGAAGGUGUCUUCCGGUGGGCGCUUGAUUUUCAGUCAGAUGGACACUGUCCAGAGUCUCUGUAUAUCAUGGUUCAGUUCUGAUGAUCAUAGCAGAGGUAGAAUGGUUGUUUUUGCCCUAACAAGGUUGUUUAAAUGGUUUACAAAUGUUCAGGCAAUGAGACGUAGGGCAAUGAGCAAGAAAUCCAGGGAUAGCAAAUUUCUAAUCUAACAUUGUAAUGAAAACUCUAACUUACAUUUCUGUGAAGUGUGUGUGUGUGUAUAGUGGAGCAGGGAUGGAAAGAGAGGAAAGGUAUGAAUGUUCAGUUAGAUUAGUUUCUGUUCUUGGAGGAACAACUCAAAUGUGUAUGACCUACUGGUGAUGGAUGAGUAAUCAUCCUUGGGUAGGAAUACCAGCAUUCUUCACAAGUAACUAGUACAAAUGAUUAUUUAAUACAGGUAUUUAUUAUAAAUUGCCAAGCUCUUGGUUGCUAAAAGUAGAUUAAAAUUAAAUUUGUAUGUGUGUAUAAUAGCUUAUACUUAACCCUU